UGUAUUGUAGUUAUCUACUCCAUGAUAGCAGUUGUAUUUCUCUCAAGUCAUGGAAAAUGCAGCCCUCCUGGCCCUGUGGUGGAAUGUUCAAGUGGGCUGACAGACUGUGUGGUUACAAACUCAUAUGGUGCCUUUCCUGAUAGAAGCAUUUGCAAGGCUUCACAGGCAGUAUUUCCUUCCACAGAAGAAGAGCUCUUGGCCUCUGUUGCAAAUGCAGUCAAGAAGCAGCAAAAAAUCAGAGUUGUAUCAAAGCAUUCUCACAGUAUUCCCAAACUGGUAUGCCCUGAAGGGGACUCGGGACUCAUCAUUAGUUCAAGAGAUUUAAACCAUGUUGUGUCUGUAGAUGAAUCAUUCAUGAGAAUGACUGUUGAGAGUGGUAUGGGCUUAAAAGAUUUGAUUGACAGUGCUGCUGAACAUGGGCUUGCUCUGCCUCAUUCUCCAUACUGGUUGGGAUUGAGUGUUGGAGGAAUGCUGGGCACUGGGGCUCAUGGCAGCUCUCUGUUUGGGAAAGGCAGUGCAGUUCAUGAAUAUGUUGUGGGGAUGAGAUUGGUAGUCCCAGCUUCCAAAGAAGAAGGAUAUGCUAAGGUUGUGACUCUCACUGAGCAAGACAAAGACCUCAAUGCUGCAAAAGUUUCUCUUGGAGUCCUUGGUGUUAUUUCUCAGGUGACUUUUCAACUAGAAGCUAUGUUCAAGCGUUCCAUCACAAAUGUUUACAAAAGUGAUGUCAACAUAGAAAACAAUAUAGUAAAAUUCGGGUUGGAGCAUGAGUUUGCAGAUGUAACUUGGUAUCCCUCUCAAUCCAAAGUUGUUUACAGAGUGGAUGACAGGCUCUCUAUCAAUUCAUCUGGUAAUGGAGUGAAUGAUUUUAUUGGCUUUCAGCCUCAAUCAACUGCUAUUUUGGCCACAACCAGAGCCACAGAGGAGGUUAAAGAAGCAACAAGAAAUGGUGCGGGAAAGUGCAUUCUCUCUGCAAUUCAAGUUUCAACCAUUCUAAGCACGGGGGCAGGACUCAAGAACAAUGAUCUACUAUUUACAGGAUACCCAGUUAUUGGGUACCAGAACAAAAUGCAAUCUGCUGGUUCAUGUCUUACUAGUUCAGAGAAUGGAGUGCUCAUAUCAUGUGCAUGGGACCCUAGAAUCAAAGGCUUAUUCUUCCAUCAAACAGGCAUGAGUAUCACUGUCUCUAGGGUUUCUGAGUUUCUCUCUGAUGUUAGGAAACUAAGAGACAUGAACCCCAUUAGCAUGUGUGGGCUUGAGCUCUACAGUGGUAUUCUCAUGCGUUUUGUAAAAGCUUCCAGUGCUUAUUUGGGAAAAGAGGAAGAUUCUGUAGACAUGGAUAUUACAUAUUAUAGAUCAAAUGAUCCCAACACUCCUCGGCUCUAUGAAGAUGUUUUUGAGGAAAUUGAACAGAUGGGUUUUUUCAAGUAUGGUGCUCUGCCUCACUGGGGAAAGAAUCGAAACCUUGCAUUUGAUGGUGUUAUUAAGAAAUACAGCAAAUCAAAUGAGUUCUUGAGUGCCAAGAACAAAUAUGAUCCACGGGGUAUCUUUUCAAGUGAAUGGACUGAUAGUUUGCUGGAGUUACAGGACAAACAAGUGACUGUAUUGAAAGAUGGGUGUGCUUUGGAAGGAUUAUGUGUGUGCUCAAAAGAUACACACUGUGCUCCUGAUCGAGGCUAUUUCUGUGAAGCAGGAAAAGUUUAUACUGAUGCUCGUGUGUGCAGAGGCCGAGAAAGUAAGCAAACUCUUUUUGAUUCGAGUUAAUGAAUCAGAGAACUCAGAGAUUGAGAGAUGAGGAUCUCAUCUUCAAUAAUAAUUCUUAAUAGAGGUUUGAAGAUUGGUGGCAAGAAUAGCAAUGCUGUAAUGU